UCAGGGGAAUUGCCCCUUUAGCAGUGGGGUGUUUGUACUAGUCUUCAGCCCAGGCUCUUCCUCUCAGCCACUUUAGUCUCAGCUAGGAAUCCCAUUCCAUUCCUCUCAUCUUGGCUUCAUUUUACUUUUAGGAUUUUCUUUUCCUUUGUCCUUUACAUCUUUAGGUUUUAAUUCACUACCCACUCUCCACCCAGGUCCUUGCCAUAUCUACAUCCUAGAGUGGUAAAUGGGUGAUGGCUGUCCAACUUUUCUGCCAGUUCUGCUCUCCUUCCCUUUAGGCUUUGGUUAUAUGGAGAAGCGUCAUCAUGUUUUUAGAGUGAAAAACUGAGGAGUUGGUCAUCAGUUCUCCUGCUUGUGGCAGACAACCCACCCCAGCUGAAUCUCUCUAGUGCCCUGAAUUCAGAGGCUUAGAUGCCCUUUACCCAGGUGUAGGUAGCACAGGAGGGUAGAUUUGUUUGGGAAAUCCAGUGGAGGGAUCAAUUUGUGAGCCCAUUUUAAAUUUGACCCUUCCUCACUGGGGGAAGUGAGGUGGCUUAUCUUAGGCCCUGGGAAGUCAGCCUCAGCUCUCCUUCUGCUCUGGGUUCUCUUCAGGCUCACCUAUCACAAAAUGGCUUCCCUUUCCAUUGCUCAAGGAGUCCCAGGAGGAGACCGAGAACACCCCCCUCCCCCCCCUUGAGGUUAGCCAUAAGGCUUUUGUUGUGUUCUCCUUUACAGCACAGACCAUUAUAGAGAAACUUCUGCUCAGGUUUCAUAGAAAAGAGAAACAUCCUCCCUGUCACUUCCCCUAAACCUGGAAAAAGCCUUCCUGAACCUGUACUGACCUGGAGAAGACAAAGAACUCUUGGAUCUCUUCCAGCCUUGGUGUACCAUCUGAGCCUUCUGAUACUGGUAGCUAUAGGCCCCUGACCCCUGGGAUGGACAACCCAUUGGAGUGGAAGGAGCCGGCAAGGACCAACAAUGGCAGCAGUGGACAAAAUGGGACAUCCCAAUUUGAGAGCCCAGGGAGUGGCCCUACUGAGGCACUGGUUCGGAGGAAGCAUAGACGGCGGUCCUCAAAACGCAAAAGACAUGGUUGGCGGCCCUAUCUGGAGCUGAGCUGGGCAGAGAAGCAGCAACGGGAUGAACAACAGAGCCAACGAGCCUCCAGGGUUCGAGAGGAGAUGUUUGCCAAGGGGCAGGCUGUGGCACCCUACAAUACCACUCAAUUUCUGAUGGAUGACCAUGACCUUGAGGAGCCAGACCUGGAGAACCACCAGGGGGUACCCCACCAGGGUUCUGGCUGGGAAGAGGAAGAUGAAGAAGAAGGUGGGAGUACUGGGGACCUUGAUGGUCGAAGGAAGGCCCAGGGUGAGUUCCUCCAAAGAGACUUUUCAGAAACCUAUGAGCACUACCAAGUAGAAAGCCUCCAGGGCCGAAGUAAGCAAGAACUGGUACGGGACUACUUAGAGCUGGAGAAACGGCUCUCAAAGGCUGAGGAGGAGACAAGGAGGCUGCAGCAGCAGCGAGACCCCCUGGGUCCUCACCCCUGCCACCGGGCCCAGGAACUGGCAGCUGAAGUGGAACGAUUGAAGAUGGAGAACCAGCGGCUUCGUCAGGAGAAUGAAAUGUGGGGUCAAGGGGGCAACAGCCCCAGUGGUGAUGUGGGCACCUAGGGAAGCCCUGUCCUAGCCUCUCCCCAGCCCCUGUGGUAAGAGAGGCUUUCUAGCAAAUAGGGGGUGUGGGGGUGCAAGGCAAAGAGAAGGCAUCCCUUCUGCACUCCUUUUACCUGCCCAGCAUAGUAUCUAAGGAGAUUUGCAGUAUCUGUGUUCUUGGGAAGCCCUGCCUUCAAACUCUGGGCCUCAAGGCCUAGCUCUGGACAGAGACCCGUAGGAGCAGAGUUCCAGGUUUGAACUUCUCCCUCCAGCAUGCUGCUGCUUCAGAGGAGAAGUUCCAUCAGGACAAGUUAAGUUUGUUUUCUUGCUGUCCCUUGUUUUAUUUUUUCUUUAGAAAAAUUAAAAUGGCUUGAUGACAGCAAAGGGGAUUUGGGUAAGAAUUGUAUCACUGAGAUGGGAAGGAUCCUCUAGAUCUCCUUGGGAGAUGGUGAGACCUAGAGAGGAAGGCCAUGGGUUUGGGGUCCUGUCUCCUCCUAAGUUAGAACAAUAACUUCUCUUAGGUGACUGAGAGAAACCCAGACACUGGCCUGUUCCCUCUCAUUCCCCUUUCUCUGUCAUUCCUUCAAGAAAAUGGAGCUGAUGUCAGA